UAGUAGAGCUCGGUCAGCUAUCUGUAGAGGCUGACACGUCUAUUGACAUUUUACAGGCUAACCUUUAAAUUUGCUGGCUUUAUUUUUUUUUAAAUUCCAGUUUUCGUUGCUCACGGGGAUAACAUUGAGUGAAUUAACGUGGCAGUUUUCGUGUGGGACACAAAACUGCGGAUGUGACCGUUAUGACUCAUUUAUUUUUAGUGAGAAGGCUCUGCUUAUAUUCUUAGCAUUAGUUAGCCUCUGAGCAAAGUCUGAAGGCAGACAUGGAGACUCUGGGGAUUGAAGACAUGUUUGACUUUCGUCGGUUUCCCAAAGACGCACUUGUUCUCCUGCUGUUGCUGAUAUAUUUCCCAGUUGGAGUUUGUUUGAUGUUAAUACGGAUUUUUAUUGGCAUUCAUGUGUUCUUGGUCAGCUGUGCACUUCCAGAAAGUUUUCUUAGAAGAUUUAUUGUGAGGACGAUGUGUUCAGUCCUUGGGAUGCAUGUGAGACAGAAGAACCCUCGUUCCAGAGACAAAAAUACCAAGCUGUACAUAUGCAAUCAUGUGACAGAGUUUGACCAUAACAUAAUCAACCUCCUAACACCCUGCAGUACUCCUCAGUUAGAGGGAUCCACAGGCUUUGUGUGCUGGGCCAGAGGCUUCAUGGAAAUCCAUCCAGGAUCUGGUCAGGGCCCCAUAGGAGAGUCUCUGCAGAGGUACUGCUCCACUGAGGGAACACUACCCCUGCUCCUGUUUCCUGAAGAGGACACCACUAAUGGCCGUGCUGCUCUGCUCAAGUUCAGUUCCUGGCCUUUCUCGCUGACUGAUUCCAUUCAACCUGUGGCCUUACGGGUGACCAGACCAUUGAUCGCUUUGAGUACGCCAGACUCAAGUUGGCUGAUGGAGCUCUUGUGGACAUUUUUUGCUCCAUGUACAGUGUAUCAUGUAAGUUGGCUGCCUCCAGUUUCCAGACAAGAUGGCGAGUCCACCCAAGAGUUUGCAAACAAAGUCCAGGAGCUGCUGGCCUGUGAACUGGGCUUGGUCUCCACUAAGCUCACCAAAGCCGACAAAGCAGAGUACAUCAAGAAGAAAAGACACACGGCGCCAAGAACAUCUACCAGUGUCAGACCUGGUUCCAUUGGCCUUGGUUUCAUGGUCCAGAGUCUGGGAACAGACGAUCAUAGAAUUGCCAGGAUGGCCCAGCAGGUGAAGGAUGUGCUGCCUCAUGUUCCACUGAAUGUUAUUGCAAAAGACUUAGCGAAAACCAACUGUGUUGACACUACCAUAACAAACCUACUGGAGAGCAAGGAGGAAGCCCCAGUGGAAGCGUCUGGGAUGUCCAUGUUUGGUACUUCGACCAACACCUACUCCUCUGGUUCCACUCCCACCAUUAAGCCUGCUGCCAAAACAUUUGGAAAAUCACCAGCCGACAGACAUUUGUCUCUCCAAGAGAGAAAGGAAGCCCUGUAUAAUUUUGCAAGAAGACGCUAUAUUGAAAAACAUGGAUUGGAUCAAGAAGACAGUCACUGAAAACAUUUGGUCAAGCCAUCAUCGAGCACUUCAGAAAGGAGCAUAUUCAACCUGCCUAGCCGUCUAAUUUGAAUGAUUUUAUAUUUUGUCAACAGAACGGUAUUCUAAACAUGUUACAAGUCGAUGGAAUGGUGAUUAUGCAUGUGUUUCAAUUCCUCAUUCUGGCUGAUACAUAAUUUUGAUAACAAUUUGUAUUACAAUCCACUGACUGUGAAUCAUCUAUUUAUUUUUAUAAUGUCCAGAGUCGUUGAUGAAAUAAAGUUCAGCUUGACCUUG